CAUAGUACGUUUGCAGAAUACCCCGCGCUCCUUAUUUGGAGGGAGAGGCCACGCUCCUAUUGUCCGGUAUUAUUUCGAGGGAACCAGACCGGGUGAUGUGAAGAAUCGAUGCGUCUCCUCGCCCUCGCUUCCUUGGGAGCAUUCGCCCAAUGCCUCCGCGCUCAGAUUUCGGUUAUUUGCAUCCUGGUCGUGCUGCUUAGCAGACCACAACCGGCUUCUGCUGAAGUCGAUGCUGUUUUCAAGUCACGGCCCGAUCUUUAUUCUCCGAUAUUUACCCUCGAACGUCGUGUUCCCCAAAGUUUAUACCCCGGCUACAUUUUCCUGGGACCAUACGAGGCAGCCAACUCAGGUCCUUACAUUUACGAUAAUGAUGGGGACUUAGUUUGGAGCGGUUGGGGCAAUUCCGGCCCUGGGAAUGCUCAUGGUAUGCAUGUAUGCCAGUACAAAGGAAAAGACCAUCUAUGUUUCUUCCAGGGGAUUCAGCAAAACGGAUAUUGUCGAGGCCAUGGUGUCAUCAUGGACAAUCAUUAUCACAUCGUUAAGACCGUAGUCCCCGGCGGUGGUAUGGCAGCGAGCGACAUGCACGAGUUCAAGCUUAUCAACAAUGGGAAGACGGCCCUGAUGACAGUUUACCAGCAGCGACAAUUCGAUAUGAGUAUAUGGAACAUCAAAGGUGGCAUGGGCUGGUUGAUGGAAAGCGUAUUUCAGGAAAUUGAUGUGGAAAGCGGCAGGGUGCUUUUCGAAUGGAGAUCGCUUGACCAUGUCGACCCAUCAGUCAGCUAUACGUACCCUGGCCACACGGAUACCUCGGGCACCGGGCUGGAACCUCGCUCCCCGUGGGAUUACUUUCAUAUUAACUCAGUCGACAAGAACGCUGAUGGGGACUAUAUCAUCUCCUCGCGCCACACGUGCGCGAUCUACAAGAUCUCGGGUCGCGACGGGUCUAUAAUUUGGACGUUACACGGUGCGAACCCGACUUUUGAGAACAUCAACUUUAGUUUCUCACAGCAGCAUGAUGCUCGUUGGCUAAGCGAGAAUUCAACCCAUACGUUGUUGUCGUUGUACAACAACGGUUACAACGGUUUCAACCGCACGCACGAGUACUCUUCUGGCAUGGUUAUUCUAAUAGAUCAUGUCAACAAGACUGCCACGCAGCUUCGGGAGUAUGCGCCACAAAACCACGAUAUGAUCAGCUCUAGCCAAGGCAACAUGCAGGUGCUGCCGAACGGGAACGUUUUCAUAGGCUGGGGAAACAAUGCCUAUGUCUCUGAGCACGAUGAGGAAGGCAACAUUCUGCUUUGGGGUUAUAUCGACAAGGGCAACAUCAUGAACUACAGGGCCCAAAAAUUCCAGUGGGAUGGUAAUCCCACGGACAUUCCAGCUCUAUGGACAUAUUCUAAGACGAGUGAUAUUACUGCCUCAACCACCUUCUACGUCAGCUGGAAUGGCGCCACCCGCAUCAAGCACUGGCAGUUUUACGGCACAAACAACUCCACCGGUAACUAUACACUGCUUGGAAAGACCCGAAAGGAUGGAUUCGAAACAACUUAUAUAGUUCCUGGUUAUUACCGCUACACAUAUGCCGAAGCGCUUGACGCGAAAGGCAAGAUCCUCGGCAAGUCACGCGAGCAGUUUACCUUCACGCCGUCGCCAGUCCUCCAGGCCUACUGCGAAGAGACGAAUUGCGAGAACACUGAAGCGUAUGGCGUUCCCGGCGAAGAAGGCGCACAGGCUCUCAUCCCCGAAGCUGGCCUCAAUACCGUUCCCUGGGUUGACCCUGACCAUCCCGGUGCGCACCAUACUUGGGGACUUACAUGGCCUCCUGUUCCAGAGGAGAAGCCGGAGAAUGCGAAGACUGUUUAUAGUAAGUAA